GCGGCGCCGGACGGGGCGGGCCCUGCCGCCGAGCGGGACCGCGGGACCGCGGGGCGGGCCGGGCUGGGCUGUCCCGGCCCGGGCACCUCGCUGCGCCCGCCCCGCGCCCAGCCGCGCCGCUCCCGCAGCGCCCGGCCCCGGCCCCGGCCCCGGCCCCGGCGCGGCCCAUGGGGAGCGCGGCCCGGCGGCGCCCCGGCAGCAGGAGGCGGCGGGACGGCGCCGCUCGCCCCUAGCCCGGCGGGGCAUGCCCGGCCCCAAAAUGCCCGCCUGGGGGAUCCUGCCCGUCACGCUGCCCGCCUUCACCAUCACCGGCAUGUGGAUCGUGUACGCCAUGGCGCUCUCCAACAACCACAUCUGCCCCGUGCACAACUGGAAUUACAACCAGUCGUGCGGGCUGGACGGCCCCGGCUCGUGCUGCACGCUGGAUCACAUCCCCCUGGUCAGCAAGUGCGGCACGCUGCCCCCCGAGAGCUGCUUCUUCAGCCUCAUCUGCAGCCUGGGCUCCUUCAUGGUGAUCCUGGUGGGGCUGCUGCGGUACGCCCACGUGCUGGAGUGCUGCGGGCCCUCGCUCCUCAACACGCUGGGGCUGGCCACCGGCUGGGUUUGCGCCGCCGGCCUCACCAUGGUCGGCAACUUCCAGGUGGAUCACGCCAAGGUGCUGCACUACAUCGGCGCCGGGGUGGCGUUUCCCACCAGCAUGCUGUUCGUGUUCCUGCAGUCCAUCCUCACCUACCGCAUGGCCAAAACCUGCGGGCAUUACUGGACCGGCCACUUGCGUAGCAUCCUCACUGCCAUGGCCUUCAUCACCCUCGUCUUCAGUGGCGUCUUCUUCAUCCAGGAGAGCUUCGUGCUGCAGCACGUGGCUGCCCUGUGCGAGUGGAUGUUCAUCAUCGAUGUCCUGGUCUUCUACGGCACCUUCACCUUCGAGUUCGGGGCCAUCUCCACGGACACCUUCCUGGUCCUCCUGAAAGCCAGCCGGGCCCCCAAGAGUUACAAAGCCGAGAGCAGCGCCUCCAGCACGGCCCACAUCCGCAGCCACGCGGAGGGCCUGGCCAUGAUCUGAGCCCGGCGGGUGGGCCCCAGCCUUGAGGCCGCAGUGGGGGCCGGGAAGUCUGAGAAUCCCCUGCCUUGAGCGGCCCCGAGACCCCCGGCGCCUCUGGGUGCGUGUGUGUGUGUGCGUGGGUGUGCGCUGGCCACUGCCUGCCUCCCCCCCCAGGGGGGCCGUGGACGUGCUGCCCCCCAGCACGACACCCAUGUGGGGAAGGGCAGCAGCCCCCCGAGGAGCUCUGGGUGGGAGGUGCUGGGGGGUGACGGGUGCUGCCAGCCCUAGAGGCAAUCGCGGAGAGGACCCCUUUCCUGAGGGACAUGCAUUUCUGGAGCAGGAGAUUCGCCCCCCCGCCCCAUCCCUCCUCUGCAGGACCUUGGGGUUCCCGCAGAGCGCCCGGGCCAUGUUCCCGCGGGGAGCCGUGCUUCCUUCCCCAUCUCUGCCACGGGGCAGCUGCAGCCGGCCAUGCAGCGAGCCUUGCCGCUGGCCACUGCCGCCAAACCCGAGGAGCCCCAAAAGUGCCUUUUCCCUUCCCAACGACUUGGUGCUGGUGCCAGCCGCCUGCGUGCCCUGCGCGGGGGUGGCUCUUCCCCAGCGAGGCCGUGCUCGCAGAGAGGCUCUCGCCGCCGCGGGAUUUCCCCUCCCCAGCGCGGCCGAGCUCACGUGCUGCAGCGCGCCAGGCCGCGCGUCGCAGUCCUGGGGUUCCCACCCCGGGGCCCUCCCUGGCGGGAAGUGGGGGCGCGGAAACGCCGAACACUUGCUGUGGGAGCCCCCGGCCGCGUCCCACCGAGGGCGUCCUGGGCAGGGAGCUGGGCUGGCGGCGGGCUGCGGGCAGAUGGAGGGUGAGGAGUGUGUGUAUGUCUGUGUAUGUGUGUGUAUAUAUAUGUACCUACAUAUAUAUAGAUAGAUAAAUUCUCCCCUUGUCCCUCGCGAGGGGCGUUUGCUGCUGCUGUGCGCGUUGGUCAGGCUAUGCCGCCUGAUUUGCCCAGCUUCUCCACGUCGGCCUGUAACUCCACCAGUGUACGUAGCUGAGAGGAGCAUAUCUGACUUUUAUAUAUAAUAUAUGUUUAAAAGUUUAUGAAGAGAGAACAGUGAAUUUGCAAUAAUAAAAGCGAAAAUGAGGCACGCA